UUUAUGGAGAAAGAACAGAACGAACAGAAGGCACAGGAUAAUAGAAAGCGUAAUCUGUAAUUUGGGGUUAGAUCCUGGAACCAUCAUGCAACCACAGAUCAUCCUGUUGAAAGAAGGUACGGAGAAUUCUCAGGGUAAACCUCAGUUGAUAUCAAACAUCAAUGCCUGCCAAGCAGUUGUGGAUGCUGUUCGAACCACCCUGGGACCUCGGGGUAUGGAUAAACUUAUUGUGGAUAACCAUGGGAAGUCCACUAUUUCUAAUGAUGGGGCAACCAUUAUGAAGCUCUUGGACGUUGUUCAUCCAGCAGCAAAGACACUGGUUGAUAUUGCCAAAUCUCAAGAUGCUGAGGUGGGUGAUGGUACAACUAGUGUGGUACUCUUAGCUGGUGAAUUCUUGAAGCAGAUAAAAUCUUUUGUUGAAGAGGGUGUUCAUCCGCGCAUUAUCAUUAGAGCUUUUCGCAAAGCAAUGCAGCUCACAACUGAGAAGAUCAACAGCUUAGCAGUAAAGAUUGAAAAAAAAAAUGCUGAAGAACAUCGACAGCUGCUUGAGAAAUGUGCUGCUACAGCUCUAAGUUCAAAACUUAUUAGUCAGCAGAAGGGAUUCUUCUCAAAGAUGGUUGUGGAUGCAGUGUUGUUGUUGGAUGACCUCCUUCCCCUCAGUAUGAUCGGUGUGAAGAAGGUUCCUGGUGGAGCAUUAGAGGACUCGUUACUAGUAGCAGGUGUGGCUUUUAAAAAAACCUUUUCAUAUGCCGGAUUUGAGAUGCAACCCAAGAAAUACAACCAUCCCAAAAUUGCUCUUUUAAACAUUGAGCUGGAACUGAAAGCUGAAAGGGAAAAUGCUGAAAUACGAGUUGAGAAUGUGAAAGAAUAUCAGAAGAUUGUGGAUGCAGAAUGGAAGAUCUUGUAUGAAAAACUUGAUAUGAUCCACAAGAGUGGGGUACAGGUAGUUCUUUCCAAGCUCCCUAUUGGCGAUGUUGCAACUCAGUACUUUGCUGACAGGGACAUGUUCUGUGCUGGCCGCGUGCCAGAUGAAGAUUUGAAGCGCACCAUGAAAGCCUGUGGUGGUUCUGUCAUGUCUACUGCCCAUGAUAUCAAUGAUUCUGUUAUUGGCUGCUGUGAUUAUUUUGAAGAGAGACAGAUUGGAGGUGAAAGGUACAACAUUUUCACUGGCUGUCCAAAUGCCAAGACAUGCACCAUAGUUCUCCGAGGUGGGGCGGAACAGUUCAUGGAAGAGACUGAACGUUCAUUGCAUGAUGCUAUAAUGAUUGUACGGCGGACCAUAAAGAAUGAUGCUGUUGUAGCAGGUGGAGGUGCCAUUGAGAUGGAACUGAGCAAGUUACUUCGUGAUUAUUCUCGUACCAUUGCUGGAAAGGAGCAACUAGUAAUAGGAGCUAUUGCCAAGGCUCUUGAAAUAAUUCCUAGGCAACUGUGUGACAAUGCUGGCUUCGAUGCAACAAAUAUUUUAAACAAGUUGCGUCAGAAGCAUGCAGAAGGUCAUUGUUGGUAUGGUGUGGACAUAAACAAGGAAGACAUCUCAGACAACUUCGAAAUGUGUGUUUGGGAGCCAGCUGUUGUGAAGAUAAAUGCUCUUACAGCUGCAUGUGAAGCAGCAUGCUUGGUGCUUUCAGUGGAUGAGACCAUCAAGAAUCCUAAAUCAAGUGGUGAUGGACCUCAAGGUCCUCCUGUGGGUCGUGGUAUGGGCAGACCCAUGUAACCUUUUCUUUUGGCUGAACAACCCAUUUCCAUAUAUGUGAAUUCACAAACACUAACCUUAACACAAAAAGUAAUAUUUAUGUUUUUGGUACUAAGAACAGUCAGUGAAACUGUUUGAACCUUGUUGGAAGUAAAACCACCAAGAAGUGCUGUUCAUUGUUACUGCAUUUAUUGGAAAUACUUACAGGAGUAACAAAUCUCACCAAUUUUAUAGUAAGUUUAUUGCAUCUAGUUGCAUAUAAUUUCGGUUCCAGUUUCUGUACAAUAUUCUGGAAAUUAAGAUUUGCAUUAAUAAAUAAACAUUAAAUAACUGUGA